AUGACUUACGCAUUCAGUUUUUGUGAGGUCUGCAAGGAACGACGACUGGAGUGCAAAGGCACAAGAAACAUGUGUACUCGCUGCAGGAGAGAUAAGAAGGUACCAAAAGUGUGGUCAGGUGAGAAUAACAUGGAUCCAAUGGCUGUUCCUGAGAUUUUGUCUGACAUGUCAGAUGCUGAGCAGAUGCUGAUAGCCAGGCUAGCACCCACCGUGCAUGUACACUUACUGAAGCAUGGUGGUAUCGCUUCAAAGGGGCAUUGCAUUGCAUUCCCACAGGCUGUGCAAGAACCGGCAACUAUUCUUCCACGACUACCGGCAGAGGUGGAUAUCAUACACGUGAGAAGACAAGGAAAAGAUGAUACCCAUAAGGACUUCAGGGUUAGAAGACACCGUGUUGAGCAAGCCCUUCGUUGGUUGAAGGACAACAAUCCUGCUUAUGCUGAUGUUGUUAUUGAUGGCGCUCGCAUAGAGAAUUUACCGGAAGAUGGUGAGUUGCCAAAUUUGAGGACUGUUGAGUUCUCUGAAACAGAACGCACAGACGACCGAGGCCCUGCGCCACAACAAUUGGAUGCUGGGGAUACAGACAGUACUGAUGACUCAACAGUCUCUGGAAUUAUUCUUCCAGAGCCUGGAGUGAAUGUGCAAGCACAAGUAGAAGCAGCCAUAAAUGAAGUUGUUUCUGAACCUCUGGAAGGUGAAGCUGGAGAAGCACAACGAAAUGUGCAACGACCAGUGAUCCCUUGGCCGACCACGGGCACAACACCAGCAUCAGAGUUUACCACUCCCUACUUUUUUACGAUGGCAUUUCCUUGCUUGUUUCCCUAUGGAAAGGGUGAUUUCCACAUAAACCGUCCGAUGACGUGUCCCACACUGAAUAACUGGGCAGAGCACCUGCUGUGGUACCAAGACGGAAGGUUUGCGAGGCAUAAAGUUUGAAAGUUUGUUGUCCACAAUAUGAUCAUGAGGAAGCGUGCCCUGGAGCAGAGCCGGUUCUUUGUUGAUCAGCAACUUGGUGACCCACACAUAACUGUUGCAGACCUGCAAGAGCGACUUGCGAGAGGUGACACUUUUACCGACAAGUUGUUGUAUUUUGGCGCAAAUCUGCGUGGUACAGCUCAGUACUGGCGCGAGAGACGCAGAGAGCUUCGUGCCCUCGUGGAGUUCAUGGUCAAUGAGAAGCGUGGGUUGCCCUCAUUUUUCAUGACUGGAAGCUGUGCCGAGUUUUACUUUCCUCCUCUUAGAAGGCUACUGGAAGAGUACAUCUUGCAGACCAAAGGCGAAGAAGUCAACCUUGCUGAAGAUAGCAAUGCCCGCUUCAAGGCAGUACAAGAAAAUACUCAUGUAGUGGUGAGUUACUUUGACCUGCGUACCCAGGCUUACCAUGAGAAGGUACUGAAGCCGGUAUUUGGUGUCUCUGAUUAUUGGUACCGCUAUGAGUUUGCCAAGUCCCGCGGUCAAAUUCAUUGGCACCAACUCAGCUGGAGGGAAGACAGGUAA